AUGAUCACGGACGUGCAGCUCGCCAUCUUCGCCAACAUGCUGGGCGUAUCGCUCUUCCUCCUCGUCGUGCUCUACCACUACGUGGCCGUCAACAACCCCAAGAAGCAGGAGUGAGGCCGCCUGGGGAUGCACCGCACCAGCACCCCCAGACUGGCUCACCCGCAGACCUGCCCCCAGCUGCCCUGCUCCAUGGUAACCACAGCAGAGCGGUGCUGCGCUGAGACAAGAGGCCGUGCUUCUUCCAAACGGAGUUUAACGGAAACACAGUAAUACAAUACGAAA